AUGGCUACUACUUUCCACAAAUUUCCUCUCCUUCCGCGAGAACUCAGGGAGGAGAUCUGGUAUUUUGCCGUUCGGUCACACCACCGUGGAGUCCAAAUCUUUCAGGCAUACAAGUCCCCUUCAUAUGAGGGCCAUAGAGCUACCUCACUGAGGAAUCAUAUCUUGCGGAUUUACAGAACGAGCAUGAAGGCUUCCUUUUUGGCCAACGGUUUACUUACCCCCGCACGAACCUCAAUCGAAUACAACAGGCCCUGGUAUUUUGGCGCUCCCCUGAGACCCAAGGGUUAUGUGGGCCUCGAGGGAUCUUUAGACAAUAUUGUCUCGACCUACAUGAUCGAUUGCGGGCUCUGGACCGCUUGCAAAGAAUCGAGGCGUGUUAUUCGGAAGCACUUCGCUAAUCCCUCGAACAACCCCUGGGGACUACCCGAGCGCGGGAGCGUGAGCUAUUGCUCAGGCAGCAACCCGUUCUGCUUGUCUGUCUGGCCAGGCUCGGACCUUUUCAUCCUAGAUUUUGACAACUUCUUCGGUACCAACUGGGGCCCUAUUGAAGUGUUUCCCGGCACUCCAGAAUCAUCUCCCUGCCCUGUGGAGUCUUGCAAGGAAGUUGGUAUAGUGUAUGACAGCAUCCGAGACAAUGACAACCCCAGGGCUUGGCAGAAUGUGACACUUGCCAUGGACUUUUUGCGUUUAUUGUCGCUGAAACGACACCUGUGGUUGGUCGACACAAACUUGAAGCGGAAGAGAGGCGCCGCUUCGUCUCGCGACAGCGACACGACAGAGUUCUAUGCGAGUGAUAGGAAGUUCAUACCGGUUCCUCUCGAAAAAGGGGAAGAUAACAUGAAUGAGUGGGAGUAUUUGAAUCCAGUGGCAGGUGGGAAUUUUCGAGCCUCAUCUAUUUAUUAUGCACACCUCGCAAAUCAAGUGGCAGGCCGUUUAUGGACCUCGCCUGGGUACACAGCAGUCAAUCAUGGGCGCUCUCCUGAAGAUUGGAUCGGACUUCUUGGAUGGGAGGAUCUUGAAAAUUCAUGA